AUGGUCAACAGCAAAGCAAACCUGCUAUUAAUACUGCUGACUAUUACCCAAGCACCAAGCAAAAGUCACAGUUCUUCUAACCGCAUAAUAGGUGGACAAGUGGCUGAAGAUGGUUUGGCACCCUACCAGAUUUCCCUACAAACUCUGCCAGGAUCACAUCUUUGUGGAGGAGCCAUACUAAACAGCGAAUGGAUUGUUACAGCCGCUCAUUGUGUUGCCGGUUGGCCGCCACACAUUCUACAAAUAGCUGUGGGCUCCAACCAGUACAAAGAACCUUUGACAGUCUAUUAUUUGGAUCGUAUACAUCUGCAUUGUAACUAUGACAACCCGAAAUAUCACAAUGACAUAGCAGUUCUACAUGUGAACUCCUCCAUUCAAUGGAAUGAAAAAGUACAACCCAUAGCCUUGCCCCAGACUAUGUUGAAUACCUCAGAUGCUCUACUAUUCACAGGCUGGGGCCUGAUUUCUUUGUGGGAUCCCAAUCCGGAAAGAUUACAAAAAUUAAAUAUGUUUCAAGUUUUGAAGAAGGAAUGUGCUGAAAUGUUGCAAGAGUUCGAUGAUGUUGCAGUAGAUGUGGGACAUGUGUGCGCCUAUGUAAAACGUGAUCAUGGUGCCUGUCAUGGCGACAAUGGAGGUCCUUUGGUGCACCAACACACCCUGGUGGGUAUACAUGCUUGGAGUUAUCCCUGCGCCGAUGGUUUUCCCGAUAUCUUUGUUAACGUUUGGUAUUAUCGCGAAUGGUUGCGUCAGGCCAUGCGUGGCAAUUUCCGCUGUAAAAGUGUAAAAUUUUCCUCAACCGCAUGA